AUGACUACAUCCUUAUCUUGCCUUCCAGUUGAGGUGCUGGAAAUCAUUCUUCAACACGCACUAGAUCUUCCAUCAAUCUAUAAAUUCAUAUGCGCAUCUGCGAGCGUGAAUUCGGCAUUUCAACUCAGCCCAGCUCGUAUUCUAGAUCCAGUGAUAGAACGUUCUAUCCCCGAAUUCAAGCAUCUAGCCCGAAUGAUUGCCAUAAUAGGUACAUUCUCAGCGAUAUCACCACAUCCAACCUUUGAAAAGCUGGUUAAUAAAUACAAUAAAGAGCUACCAGAAGAUGUACUUACUACAGCUCCAGCAACUUCUGCCUUUGCAACCGGAACACCAGGCCCUCGCUACCUAGUUCUUACAGCAUACCGCAUAGAGAUUCUUCAACACAUAUGCUUCGUUUCUCUUCUCCAAAAUAUCCACGAAGAGAUAUGGUGCGCUCCAUAUACAGAUAUAAAAGAGCCAGGUUUUCGUCCGAUAAAAUCUAAAAAUAACAUCUUUUUCCGAGCAGUUGCCUGGUGGUCACCAUCCUGGGCUGAAAAGAUGCGCAUUACGCGAGCAUAUUGGAAAUUGAUGAUUUAUUGGAACAUCAAAUUACUUUGCCCUGACCUCGAGGAGACGGAGGAUUACUUAUUUUCUCAAUAUCGUGCCAUAAUACAGAAGAUCAGCCAAUGCAUUGGACCCUGUAUGAAACCAGAGAACGUUUGGAAUACACAUCAUGAAAUCGAAGAAAUGAAGUGUGUGCAAACAGCAACUCAUGAAUUUCUUAGUUGUGAAUACCAUAAUACCGGCUUCGUGCCUUUAAAUCGUCGGGAAUGUCGAGGGAUCAGGCUUGCAGAAUGGACAUUUUCCACUAUAUUCAAGGAAACUUCACACUGGAUACUCGAAGAGCCGAAGCCCGUCGCAGAAGCCAAUGAGGGGCUACACAAUGGGCAUUUACAUACAAGCAUUAACCAAAUGAACAGCGGCUACAGGGCCUGCUAUUGGUCCUGCUGGUUUGAUAAUUGGACUACAAGACUUUCAAAUUCAGACGGCUAUGAUCCCCAGUUUCCGGACUACCUUGGUCUCUGUAUCUGGGACUACAAACGACAAGGUUACCUCGGACUUGCACAUAUGGAUGAAAGGUUCAUUGAUCCGGUGUUGGGAUCUCCAAAGAGCUCUGAAAGUCACUUUUUCAAAACCUCACUCAUAGCGAACCGAUGGGAUGAACUUUUUAGGCUAGAACUUUUCAGAUUACUAGGAGGGCAGUGGCGCCGGCUUUCAAAAGACUUGAGAAACCACAUGCAAGAAUGGGAUAGCCUCCACGCGAGAAAGAAUGCAGAUCGAUGGCGCCGGGAUAUUGAUUGGUCAAUGUAG